AUGAAAGCCGGCAUAUUCGAGCUGAGCAAGUGCCGCGCAUCCGAUUUGCGCGAGGCCCUCCCAAGGUUCAACCGCGCGGAUACGAAAAAAUCCAUGGAGCGUGAGGUGCUACACAAGGUCGGUACCACUGCUCGUUUGCAAUUGCAACUGCAAGGGGUUGACGAAGCGGACGGGGUCCUCGCAUCGAUCCAGACGGCCAAGAACACUCUCGAAGCGAGCUACAAGGACCUCAAGGCAUUGGAUGAGACAGUCGACGAGAAAGAGUGGCAGGAUAAAAUCAAGGCAGUGGCAAAUGCGUAUCUUGUGUAUGUCUCCAAGGAGGACUUCGCUGUGGGAGUCGCCAGGGUGCAUGCGUCGAAGGACAAGCGCCUGCAUCCAGAAGCGAAGAAGCAGCCGAGGAAGCGAGAUUCGCCGAAGAUUCGAGUUCUGAAAAGAAGACUAGCUGCUAAGUUGGCUUCUAAAGCUCAUGAUGCUGAACGACCUGCAGAUCUACGUGUUCCUGGGCAGUUUGGGCUUCCUUACCGGUUGCAAGGCCUGGCUGGUGCAGCUCUAGCCCGCACCGCUGUUGCGUCCUUGAAGAAGAAGAAUGCAGAUUGCAAUUACAUAUCGGAGCUUUGCAAUGCCGCUGAGCAUGAAAGUGGUAAUCAGAUGAGUUGGGUGACGAAAAUGCUGGGGGGCCGCAGCACGGAGAAACGCUUUCACCAAUUCUUUUCGAGGCUCAGCUCUACUCUGCAAGCUGCUGGCAUUGGCUACACUGGAGGUCCUGGACAGAAGCAAAAGAAUGUGCUGGUCAUCAAUAUGUCAUUUCCCUUCUCCCACUCUGGUGACACUCUGAAGACGCGGCUCUGCAUUGCAUGCUUAACAGGCCAAACAGUCCUCACCAGAGCGAUGCAAGUGAACAACCGCAUCGGAGUCAGCCAUGAAUGCACCUUGGAUGUUCUGCUGCGACGCAUCAAGCAGGACUUGGACAGCUUGACAUUCGAUUAUGCUGGAAUCAGAUGUCGAAAGCUUUGCUUUUAUGGUCUGGCGGGCGAUCAGAAAUGGCUUCAACAAGUGCUGCGCUUGCCUGCUCCCUAG